AUGGCGGCGGACGGAGAUGUGAUUCCUGAUCAAGAAAAAGUACGAAUAGUUUCGGAUUUUAUACUGCACUCACCACCAGGCGAAUUCAACGAGGUUUUUAAUGAUGUGAGAGUCUUGUUAAACAACGACAACCUGUUGAAGGAGGGUGCGUCUGGAGCAUUUGCUCAAUACAACAAGGAUCAGCUCACGCCUGUUAAGAUUGAAGGUAGCGAAUAUCCUGCUCUUAUAACAGAACACAAUGAUCUAGGUGGGCAAAGGUUUUAUGAUGCUCGCAGUAAGCAAAGUUUUAAAUAUGACCAUCUUAGAAAAGAAGCACAGGAUUAUGAACCAUAUGAACCAGAUUCUAUGGCUGAACCUUGGAGAUCAGCUCUUCAAGAUGAAAUAACAACUUAUACUCAAAGUCAUUAUAGACAUGGUGCAUGUUCAGUUUUUGGAAAAAGUCAAGGAGGUAACAUUACCUUAACGGCUUGCAUAGAAGAUCAUCAGUUUCAACCUAAAAAUUUUUGGAAUGGCCGUUGGCGUUCUGUAUGGACUGUAAGUUUUAGUCCAAGUUCUGGAAAUGCAGAAUUAAGAGGUAGUCUUAAAGUACAAGUUCAUUACUAUGAAGAUGGAAAUGUACAACUGGUCAGUAGCAAAGAAGUAAAAGAAAGCUUACCAAUUUCAAGUGAAAAACAAACAGCAAAGGAAUUAAUACGGCUUGUUGAGGAAUCAGAAAAUGACUAUCAAACUGCUAUAUCGGAAAAUUAUCAAACAAUGUCUGACACAACCUUUAAGGCCUUACGAAGGCAAUUACCUGUUAUGCGAACGAAAAUUGACUGGAACAAAAUUGUAUCGUACAGUAUUGGCAAAGAGCUUAAAAGUCAAUAGAAAUAGAUUUUUUAUAUAAUAUUAAGAGAAAUAAUUAAAAAGCGCAUUUUGCUGCAUGGGUGAAGUCUGGAGGUGUGAUGUGCAUGGGAGCAAAUAUAAUGAUGCUAUAUAAAGUUUGGUUAAACAUGUUUUGACUGAAACUCAUGCAUGCCACUCAAGGUUCCUCUGGAUCCCUUAAUAAAAUAAUGUAUCUUGUUACCAACAAAAAUAAUAAAAAGGAACGUCAUUGUAGUUAUCGAUUCUUUAAAAAAAAAAAAAAAAGAAAAAAAAAAAAGAAAAAAAAGAAGAAAAAAAACUUUGACAUUUUAACUGCAAUAUAUUCUUUUUUACCAACUUUUUAAAAUUCUAUAAUUAACAAUUUCUAAUUGCUUAAAAAAUAUAUUUACUAUCUUAUAUUUUUAUUUUUAAUGAAUUUUAUUAGCAAAUGCUUUGAUAUAACUUUGAAUUCAUAUGUAACAAAGAUUUACAUAUUGUUUAAAAACAUUCAUCUCUAUGAUUAAACCGUCUAUGAUUUUACAGUAUUUAAAAAGAAUAUCGAUUUAUAUAUUAAUCUCUAGCUAAAUUUAUUAGUAUUUAAUAAUUAUAUUCUUGGGGUAACAGGGAUCCUUGGUCUUAUUUUUUGUAAAAAUUUUAAUUAUUGAAAUUAUAUUUAAUAAAUUGAACCAUGUAAAAUUUGUAAUUAAUAGCCAAAAUCAAACGUGAAAUUUGGAGUAGAAUAUUAAAAUUUGUUAAUGCAUUUAUUAAAUACAUUCAAACUAUCAAUCAGAUAAUAAUCUAACAUUCAAUAAACACAAAUCAUUUGAUUUAUAUUUUUAUGAUCUUGUGCAAUAAAUAAUAUGAACAUUUUUGAUGAAUUGCAUUUACUAAAAUUAUUUAUUAUAAUUAAUUAUAUGGAUUACUAUCUUAUUGAUAAAAAAUUCUACUCCAAUAAUUCUGAAACUUAUAGUUUAUAAUUUAGAAUUGAAAUUUAAUAUUAAAAGAUUGAAUGCAUUCAUUUUGAUUCAUAUUGAUAGUCAACAUUAAAAAAAAUAUAUAAAGUAUUGCACAGUGGAAAAAAAAAUUGCUGUCUAACAUGUGCAUGUUCGGUCAGCCUAAUAAAAUCAUCGAGUUAAAAUAUCAGAAUCAAUGAUGAUUAAAAUUUCAAUUCAUUAGUUGCACAAUGAUAUAAUUUUGUUUAACACUUAAGCCUUGUAACAUCUAAAAAGCACAAUAACAUGUUUAAUAUAUCUUUAAAUGAAUAUUAUUAUAUUGGUUUCAUGCUAUGUAUAAUAUAAUAGCAUGCUGGGGCCACAGUGAUGUCAAAAUAUAUAAUAUCAAACAAGAUAGAUAUAUCAUCUAUCAUCAAUUCACAAUUUGGUACAGAAUGCCAUUAAGUGUUCAUAGCAUUCAAUAUACAAAGGAAAACUUCAUUCAUUAUAAAUAUUGGUGGGCAAGGCCUACUAUAUUCUUGUCCAAUAUUUUAUAUUUCAUAAAAUAUGAAUUUAUACAUUUUUGUUAAGACUUAUUGUUUUAUGAUAAGUAUAUCUAUUAUGGCAAAUAUGUUGCAAAGUUUAAUAAUACGGAAUAAAAUAAAUGUUAAUCAUUGCAACUUGAUUUCUGUGUUAAUCAUAUUGUAUUUUUAUGAAUCAUUUGUAUCAAAUAAUGAUGUUGAAAAAUCUUUUGGUGCUAUCGCUAACCACACAUUACACAACCAGACAUGUAUGCGAAAACGGAAACUAACAAAGUACAUAAUGCAUUGUACAUUAUAGAAUGUAGCCUAUAGCCUGCUGGAGCCUUAAUCUGUUCACUUUAUGUUGAAGGGUAUUAUGUACAUAUGUUAUUUGAAUGAAUGAAUGCGAUGAAGCACACUACCAUUUGACUUUUCAAACUCUGGGAUUCGAAACACGUUUGUAAUAUUCAUAUUUUGUAAGUUACAUCGUAAUUCAAAGUAUUUUAUUUAAUCAUGCUAUUUGAUAUUUAGAAGAAAUCUUUGGAAAAAUAUACAUUUUAAAUAUAACAAUUUAAAUAUAAGAUCAUAAAAUCAUUUUAUCAGUUGUGAAGGAAAAGUUAAAAAAAUGUGCAGAGAUAUAAUGCAAAAAACUUAGUAUAUUAAAUAUUGCAAUAAUAAAAUUUUAUAUGUAAAUAUGAUGAUACAUAUUAUUUGAAGAUUAUAAUUUGUAUUACGUAUGUAAAUUACAAAUGAAGUGUUAAAGUUUCGAAUCUUAUCAAACUUUACAGAAAAUAGUUGCCUAUGAUACUAAAAUUAGGUAUUACCUACAAUCGAGUGUACCGUAAAAUAAGAAACGCAUGUCCUUAUGUAAAAACUUAAACAUAGAAUACAUUUAUCAGUUAAAUUAUGUAUUAUUAAAUGUUAUGAUUGAUUAAAUAAAGUGAUAUGACACUUUA